AUGCCAUCAAAAUCGAAAGCUGGGGCUCUGCAAGUUAUGGAUGAAACUGGAAUCUUUUCAGUUGUUUGUCGGCACGGAAUUGUCCAAUUCCUUCUUGACAUGGUUCAAAGUGGAGAGUUAGCAAAAUAUCCUCUGGCUUCUGCUGAGAAGCUCAUACACACAUUCGGCAAGGGCAUCUUGUUUGCUUACAAUAUUGGGUGUACAUUCUCUGCAACUUUAUCGAAGUUGCCCAUUGGGGAUUUGGUCAAAGAAGCCAAUUUCAGGUGUUGCACCAGUUCUUUUCAUGGUGCCGCUCACCACAGGGCCUGCCAGCUGGACUUUCUUAUUAGUUUACAGAAAGGUGCUGGCAUAGAAGAUGGCGAGGGGAAUGAAUGGGUUUAUUCAGAAAGCAAUGCUCUUGCAGCCAUCAUUCAUCAUGCUUCUCCAUACUACCGUCACCUUCGCAUUCAUAUCCACUUCUCCAAAUGGGAUGAAACCAAGUAUGAAAAGCUAGGUGAGCCUCCCUAUCUUGAAUAUGCCCUGUGGGUUCAACUGCAUUGA